CCCGCCCGGGCUCCUGCCCGCCGGCAGCCGCCAGCCCGACGCCGCCCUCUCUGGCGCCGCGUGGUCGAAGCCCCCCCCGAGGAUGCCCCCGCCGCCCUCGGGGCCGCCGCCGAACGAGUUCUGCAAGGCGGCCGCGCCCGCCGCCCCGCCGCCCUUCGCGCCGCCCGGCGCCCCGCCGGACCUGGCCGCGUCGCAGGAGCCGGGGCGCUCGGAGGGCGAGUUGGCGGACGGCGUUGCCGGCCUCGCCGGGCUCCCGACGAUGGCUGCGGAGGACCUCCCUCCUUCCCGAGGGCUCGACGAGCGCACGCUGAACGAGCAGCAGACCAGCAUCGUGAAGGAGCUCUCCUACGGGUGCCGCCUGCACGAUCCGGCGCGCGACCGCUUCGCAUCCAGGGAGCACGCUCGGAACACGUGCCUCGUGAACGUCUCGCGACUAAAGUUCUGCCACAGCACGAUCAGCCCCACCUUCAUGCACGGAGACCACCGGGGGAGGCCGGUGCUCUCGCUGCUGCGAGAGCUGCACUCUGGUCAGGCCGACCCUCGGCAGCUUCCGGCGCUGGUGGUGAUGCAGACCAGCAAGGGUCUGGAGGUGGUCUGUGGCAACCGCCGCCUGUACUGCCUGAAGCGCUACGCCGCGGAGGCGAGCAAGAGCGUCGAUGCAUGGUGCAUGGUGUACGAUUGGAAGGCACAGGACACGCCUCGCCCCCUCCUCAUGAAGUACAUCUUGGCGUCCACCACCCAGGACGGCGGCAGUAUCACUUUGCGCUCGCAGUGAGCCGCACCUGCCUGCCCACUGCCCCCGAGUGCAGCUUGCUGGGCUCGCUCGGAGACGUCGCGCGUCGAUCCCAGUUCACUGCUCCUCUCCCUCCUGCUGCUCGUCGUCCCUCUCCUCUCCCUUCCCCUCCCCUCCACACAUUGUCCAAGGCACGGGCCAUCGUCUCUUUGGAUCGCCCAACCUGGCCAGGCAGGCAGGUGGCGCACGCUUGCGCUCUCGUGACGGUGAUGGAACCGCACAUCAACA